UUAGCAGUUUAUAUUUGUUAAAAUUAUUGCAUUUCCAUGUUCUGUUUACUGUGGGAGACCAGAUAUAGUGAAUGCGGGGUCCGGGAAGAGCGGAUAUAGUGAAUGCAGGGUCCAGGGAGAGCGGAUAUAGUGAAUGCAGGGUCCGCUGGGGGGAGACCAGAUAUAGUGAAUGCAGGGGUCCGGGGAGAGCGGAUAUAGUGAAUGCAGGGUCCGGGGAGAGCGGAUAUAGUGAAUGCAGGGUCCGGGGAGAGCGGAUAUAGUGAAUGCAGGGUCCGGGGAGAGCGGAUAUAGUGAAUGCAGGGUCCGGGGAGACCUGAUAUGGUGAAUGCAGGGUCCGG